AUGGAACCAUGUGCCCAGGAGAAUGGGACAAUACGCAAACCAUGUGACCAGGAGAAUGGGACAAUGCGCAAACCAUGUGACCAGGAUAAUUGGACAACGCGCAAACCAUGUGACCAGGAUAAUUGGACAAUGCGCAAACCAUGUGACCAGGAUAAUUGGACAACGCGCAAACCAUGUGACCAGGAGAAUGGGACAAUACGCAAACCAUGUGACCAGGAUAAUUGGACAACGCGCAAACCAUGUGACCAGGAGAAUGGGAAAACACGCACACCAUGUAACCAGGAUAAUUGGACAACGCGCAAACCAUGUGACCAGGAGAAUGGGACAACACGCAAACCAUGUGACCAGGAUAAUGGGACAACGCGCAAACCAUGUGACCAGGAGAAUGGGACAAUACGCAAACCAUGUGACCAGGAUAAUUGGACAACGCGCAAACCAUGUGACCAGGAGAAUGGGACAACACGCAAACCAUGUGACCAGGAUAAUUGGACAACGCGCAAACCAUGUGACCAGGAGAAUGGGACAAUACGCAAACCAUGUGACCAGGAUAAUUGGACAACGCGCAAACCAUGUGACCAGGAUAAUUGGACAACACGCAAAUCAUGUGACCAGGAUAACGGGACAACAGGUAAACCUUGUGACCAGGAUAACGGGACAACAGAUAACCCUUGUGACCAGGAUAAUGGGACAACACGCAAACCAUGUGACCAGGAUAAUGGGACAGCGCGCAAAACAUACGACCAGGAGAAUUAG